AUAUACUUACAUUGGAUUGAUGAUGAAUGGAAAAUGUACUUGAUUUAAUUCCUUUUCAUGAAAGACAUACAUGUAUAACAUUAGCAAAUAAUGUAUAUAUUAUUGUCAAUAAUCCCGGCCUUUGUAAAAAAAUUAUAGUAAUGACCACAGACAAUGCUUCUAACAUGAAUGUAUUUGGACAACAUUUUACACAAAUGCUCUCUAAUAAUCAUGGAAAUAUAUUAUCUCGUCACGUAAUAUGUGCACACAUAUCCUAAAUCAGUAGUAACAAGAGAUGGUCUUGAUGCAGCUGGAAAAGAGUCACAUUCAUUUCGCCAAAAAUCUAGGGUAAGGUAAGAAGAUUAGAGGUAAAGGAAUUAGGAUUAGGAUUAGGGUUAGGAUAAUGUUAAAUUAAGUGGAUUAGGAUUUCAAAAAAUGACUGUCAGAGCAGCGUCCCCUUUUUA